UAUAUCUUGAAGACGUGGAAAAUAGAGAGAAGCAGAAAUCAAAAAAGAUAUUAAAAAGAAAAAAAAAAAUUGUUGUUCUUAGUCCACAAUGGUGACUAUGAAACUUGAGAUUUGCAUCGAGUUUGUGAAACUAACCGUAGAUUUUGUUGCUGCCGUGGCAGAAUCAAUCGAAGUAGCUUUCCGUAACCGUCCUCCGCCGCCCAUUCGACAUUUAGCGGUGAGGCACGGUCGUCGGAGUAAUCACUCCGCCAUCCCCAUUCCUCUCGUGGGAUUUCUGUGAUUAAUGUAUUCGUCUCUUAUGGUUCAAGCUUUUUUUUGUUCUAUUAUUAUCUUGCCUUGAUCUGUCACGUGGUGCUUCGGACAAAAGUGAUUCGUAUGGAAUAUCAAAAACGAAAAAAUCAUGAAGAGUUUACCUACUUCGUUAAAAUAUAAAAAGCUUAUAUAGAAAUUCCCGAUUGUGUUUAUUAUUACUUUUAAGUUUCUUAUGUAAAAAAAAGAAAAAAAAGUUUCUUAUGUAUAUAUUCAUUAGACAUAAAAGUUGCUGUUAGAUUAUUCUGUUAUAUAGAAUACUAGGAUAAGAUCUGCGUUUUGCGCGGAGUGAAUGUAUGUAAUUAAAAUAUUAAUUUUUAGUAUUGACAAAUUUAAAAUUUACAUAUGAUUCUUUUUAUAUGUAUUUGAAAUUUUAAAAUUUUGGAGUUUUUAUAUAAUUAUCUAUACGUAAAAUCAGAAACAAUUGUAAUUAGAACUGUGGAUCAAAGCUUAGAAUUUAAUGGACCCGGUUUCAUAUAUCUUUUCACUUUUUAGUGUUCGAAUGAUGGAAAAUAAACAGAGUUUCACUGGACCUGAUUGGUAGAAUAUUAACAAGUUCCCUAAUGCUUUCUUAAGAAAUAGUUGCUAAAAUAUUUGCAUUUAAAAUAUAUAAAGUUUCAAAACUAAUUUAAUAUAAUUUAUUUAUUUGUCUAUAAUAUUAGAAAACUAUAAUUUUAAAAAUUACUUUAAAAAAUAAUAGUUUUAUGAAAAAUUAAGUUAUAUUUUAAAUUAUUUUUAAAAUAACAUUUUAAGAUUUUUUAAAUACAAAUAGACAAUUUAA